CGGGCUGCUAGGGAUCUGCGGGGUCCUGCGGUUCGUGCACUGCUGUAGUCAUUGGGCAAAGACGCGAUACAUCAAACUCUCUUCACAUUCACGACAAUAACAGGAAGUUAAAGAUGGCAUCUAUGUUGAUGAAUUCUCUGAGGAGCGGUCCGGUGACGUCUGCGCGAGCUGUCCUGUUCGCUUCACGGUCUCUCAGCACAUCUGCCCAUCUGCAAGCUCAUGCAAAAAGCAAGAAGACACUAGCCAAACCAGGAGUGAAGAACAUUGUUUUGGUUGAUGGUGUCCGUACCCCCUUCCUCCUGUCCGGCACUACAUAUGCUGAUCUGAUGCCCCAUGAUCUGGCCAGAGCUGCAUUACAGGGUCUGCUGAACAGAACCGGUAUCUCUAAAGAUGCUGUUGAUUAUAUCGUCUACGGAACGGUCAUUCAGGAAGUGAAGACUAGUAAUGUGGCCAGAGAGGCAGCACUUGGUGCUGGUUUCUCUGAUAAGAUUCCUGCUCACACAGUGACUAUGGCGUGUAUUUCCUCCAACCAAGCUAUGACUACAGCUGUUGGUUUGAUUGCUUCUGGUCAGUGUGAUGCCGUGGUCGCUGGUGGGGUCGAGUUUAUGUCCGACGUUCCGAUUCGCCACAGCCGCAAAAUGAGGAAGACGAUGCUGUCGCUUAACAAGGCGAAGACCCUCGGUGCCCGACUCUCUCUGCUGGGCUCCAUCCGCCUCGCUCACCUCACACCAGAGCUGCCGGCUGUAGCUGAAUUCUCCACCGCAGAGACGAUGGGUCACUCGGCAGACCGUCUGUCCGCUGCGUUUGGUGUGACACGCGUGGAGCAGGAUGAGUUUGCUCUGCGAUCUCACACUCUUGCCAAGAAAGCGCAAGAUGAAGGGCUGCUAAGUGACGUCAUCAACGUCAAAGUGCCAGGGAAAGAUAUUGUGUCCAAAGACAACGGGAUCCGUCCUUCCUCCAUGGAACAGAUGGGCAGACUGAAACCUGCCUUCAUCAAACCUCACGGCACUGUGACGGCUGCAAAUUCCUCCUUCUUGACUGAUGGUGCAUCUGCAGUCUUGAUCAUGUCAGAAGAGAAAGCUCUUGCUUUGGGUUACAAGCCCAAAGCGUAUCUCAGAGAUUUUGUGUAUGUGUCUCAAGACCCGAAAGACCAGCUGCUUCUCGGACCGACUUACGGCACUCCAAAGGUCUUGGAGAAGAGUGGUCUAACCAUGAACGACAUCGAUGUGUUUGAAUUCCAUGAAGCUUUUGCUGGUCAGAUCAUGGCAAACCUGAAGGCAAUGGAUUCAGACUGGUUCGCUCAAACGUACAUGGGCAAAAAAGCUAAGGUGGGUGCCCCUCCGAUGGGGAAGUUUAACACAUGGGGCGGUUCUCUCUCCAUUGGGCAUCCAUUUGGUGCCACAGGCUGUAGACUGGUGACCACCGUAGCCCACCGACUGCAGAAGGAAGGGGGGCAGUAUGGCCUGGUGGCAGCAUGUGCCGCUGGAGGACAGGGUCAUGCUAUGGUGAUUGAAGCUUAUCCUCAGUAAUCUCUGUAGUUACAAGGAUCAUGUACAAUAAUGCACUGCACACACACACAAAUAAAUUCUGUAAAUACUAAUGUGCCGUAAUGCCUUGAAAAGAAUUGUUCCUAAAAUGUUAUCUGGGGAUUCUUGGUUUGAAAUGAUGCCUGUGACUUGGUUGUAAAUGUUAACAUUGCUUUAUUUGAGAAUGUGUUAAUGAUAAAAUCAGAGGAUACUCCGCAAGUUGGUCAUAUGAUAUUUUUGCAUUCAGACUGUAGCACUUAAAACAGGCCAGUUGGAAGUCUAGUAUAUUCAUCAGAUUUUGAAUUAUGUGAUGGCAGUCUAGAUUUCCUAAUUUACUGUGCACCAGUAACCAAGCGUUCUAAAACUGAAAACUGAUCUGGAAUGUAUCUGUCAAGUCUAGCAGCUGCAUAUUAUUUUCUAACCGCUAUGGUCACGAUUUGGCUUAUAUCACCAAUAUUAGCAGCCAUGGUCAGUUUAUGAUGUUUAGCUCUUGAGUAGAUUGUAUGAAAGUUCUAGAUCUGCUGUAAAGACAAAGGUUAUGCACUUAUACACACGAGUGCCUCUAGAUUCAAGCAGGUGAAGCUGUGGAGCAGUCUGUUGUUUUCUUUCCCCUUUUUUGCUAACAAUUUCUACAAAUAAACAUCAUUUGAAAUUGGCA